AUGGAUAGGACCAUUCCCGAAGGUCAAGAUGUGAUUCAGGAAUCCAUUGAUGCUCUGAAGAUUGUUCAACAGAACAUGAGAGCAGCACAAAGCCGACAUAAGAGUUAUGCUGAUAAUCGUCGAAAGAUGUUGCAAUUUGAGGAGGAGGAUAUAGAUAGACGUAGCAGGUAUUGGAGCUUCUCUUGCAUUGCAUUGCAUUGGGAGAGAGGGAUGAGGGCGAUGCAUAACCUGUGUCAUACCCACGCGAAUUUCCUCUUAUCCUUUGCGAUUUUGGUUUCGUAUAAGGAGUCGAAAAUUCAGGGGUGUUCCAUUCUAGUAAAUGUUAGGUUCAAUGAUUGUAAACAUCUUAGCGAGAGGCUUAAGUGUCAUGAAAAUAGUCUGAAACAUAUGACUAAUAUGAGUUCUUGGAAGGAAUUAUGUGUUAGGUCGGAGGAAAUUGAAACAAUUGAUAGUGAAUUGCAACAAGAAAUUAUGAGAGAGAAAGAACGAUGGAGAGAAGUUUUGAAAAGAAUAAUUGGUGGUGUGGAAUUUUUAGCUAAAUAUAAUUUUCCAUUUCGUGGUAUUAAUGAGAAACUUUAUGUUGAAGAUGUGAGCUAUACUGAACAAAUGACUCUUAUAAUUAGAUGUGUGAAUAUGUCAAAUUCCAAAAUAAUAGUGGAAGAGUACUUUUUAGAGUUUUUAAAAGUUGAUGAUACAUCUAGAUUGGGGGUAUUAAAGUCACUUGAUCUUAAUGUGCUUAAUGUGAGGGGUCAAGGUUAUGAUAAUGGUUCAAACAUGAAAGGCAAACACCAAGGGGUAAAAAAGAGGCUUCUCGAGCUAAACCCAAAAGCUUUAUAUAUGCCUUGUGCGUGUCAUAGUUUAAAUCUUACCUUAUGUGAUAUGGCACAAUCUUGUGUGAAAGCUACUUCUUUUUUUGGGAUUGUGCAAAGUAUAUACACAUUAUUCUCUGGCUCUCCUAAAAGGUGGAAAAUUCUCACUGAUAAUGUUCCUGGAUUGACUGUGAAAUCGUUGUCUAAUACAUGUUGGAAAAGCCGGAUCAAAAGUGUAAAAGCUAUUAGAUUUCAGGCCCCUCAAAUAAGGAUUACUUUAUUGAAGAUGCAUGGUUCCAAGGAUGAUUUGGGGAUAAAGAGUCAUGCAGGACUUUUGGCCAAAUCAAUAAAUAAAUUUGAGUUUAGCUUGGCAUGGUUAUUUGGUAUGAUGUUUUAUUCUACGUUGACAAGCCAAAUUAAUGAUGCCAUGAAAUAUUUUGAGAAGUACAUAGAUGAAGAGUUUUUUCCUAGUUUGAAUCAUGCAAAAACUAUUGCUUUCGAAAUGGGGAUUGAGCCUAAUUUUCCAACCAAGUGUCAUGCUCAACAAAAGAGACAAUUUGACGAAUGUGAUAAUGAAGAAGUGAUACAAUCACCACAGGAAGAUUUUCGAUUGAAAUCACUAGAUGGAGAUGCAUUGAGAGCAUGUCGUGUUAAUUUUAGUACAAUCUAUUCUCAAAAUAAUGUCCAAGAUGUUGAUAAAUAUGAUCUAUUUACAGAGUUAAUAGUGUUACAGAAGACUAUGCCUGAUGGGUUAGUAUCAACCAUUUAUAUUUUGGAGUUUGUCAAAGAAGUUGAUUAUUUUCCCAAUGUUCCAAUUGCUUGUCGGAUCUUACUAAUUGUUCCUGUCACCGUUGCAUCAGCUGAGAGGAGUUUUUCAAAGUUGAAGAUAUUAAAAAAUUACUUAAGAUCUUUAAUUUCUCAAGAACGUUUGAGUGGUCUUGCUAUGCUAUGCAUUGAGAAAAAUAUGACUGAGUCUCUUAAUUUAGACGCUGUUAUUUGUGAUCUUGCAUCGAAAAAUACUCGAAGGCUAGGUUCAAUACGCUUUCAACAUGAAUUCAACGGGAAAUCGCGUUAUUCAGGCAUAUCGGCACGGGCGAAGCCUCCAAUUCAUAUUAGAUGGCCAAAUAAUUCAUUAUUGUAUCCCGUUUAUAAAGAUGAAAGACGACGAUAA